AUGGCUGGAAGUGCGUAUUCCAAGUGCUCAACGCACGGGCCAGUCUCCGGCCUGCCCGAGCCCCCUGAGGGUCCAGGCAUCCAUGUUUACCUUUUCUGCUCAAAGGGAGGGGAAAGAUAUUUGUCCCACACAAGUGGAGAAUUCACAGCAGAGGACCUGUGCAUCUCAGCUGCGGAGGCUGUAGGGAUAACUCCUCUGUGCCAUGUGUUGUUUGCUCUGUACAAUCCACAAACACGCUGCUGGUAUAGUCCGAACCACAGUUUCAGUCCAGAGAACUCCAGCCUCGUACUUCACUACUGUAUGAGGUUUUACUUUCGGAAUUGGCACGGACUAACUAAGAAUGAGCGAGCUGUAUCCCGUUAUGCUCUCAGAUCUGGGGCAAGUCAGGGGGCUUCGCCUUUGCUUGAAAUCGCAUCCUUAGAAUACCUAUUCGCCCAGGCUAAGUAUGAAUUUGUGAACGAAGUAGUACAGAUGGAAGAAGGCGAUUCAGAGGAGGAGCUAAGCAGCUUAAAAAAUGAGAGCUUGGGGAUGGCUGUGCUUCACCUCUCACACCAGGCAAUGCAAAUGGGCUGUACCUUACAGGAUGUUGCUGACAAAGUCAGCUUCGUACAAUGCAUUCCAAGGUCUUUCGCCAAAUACAUUUCCAAAGUCAACUUCCUGACAAAACUCCGCAUGCGGCGGGUGUUUGCAGAGUUCAUGCGGACCUUCCAGCAGCACACUGUGGACAAGGGGCGACUGGGCGCCCACGAGGUCAUGUACAAGUACAUCUCUACUCUCGAACACUUGUCACCGAGUUUUGGAACAGAGACCUUCCCUGUAUCCCACCUGGAGCUGAGAGAGGACGGGGGUGGAGGCAGCUCCUACUCUAACACCACCCAUGCUCAGGGUGCCUUGAAAGACAACUUCAUAGGUCCCACCACUCAUGAGAUCAUGGUGACUGGCACCCAGGGGAUUCAAUGGAGGAAGGUGUCCGGUCAGAAGGCUCUGGAAAACCCGUACCUCAGAAAUGACUACUUAAAGAAAGCCAAACCAAAGUCCAGCCAACCAAACGCGAACACUGCCAAUAAAUGGACGUCCUUCUGUGAUUUCCCUGAAAUAACUCACAUAGCCAUCACUGGAGAUAAUGUGUGCAUUAGCACUCAGGACAAUCACUGCAUGGAGGUUCAGAUGAACUCCAGCCAGGAGGCCCGUUCCUUUAUCUCCCUCCUCGAUGGAUACAACCGGCUGACUGCAUUCGCCCACCACUAUCUUUGUCAUGAAGUGGCUCCCCCAAGGGUAGUGCUGAGUGUAGCAAAUGGACUGCAUGGACCUAUGCAUGAUGAUUUUGUGCUGCUGAAGCUGAAAAAGGAGAUAGAGGAGGGAUCUUUCCUCGUACGUUGGAGUGCCCUCGAUUAUCGCCGCAUCAUCCUAGCUGUCCUGAACAAAAAUGAGAAUGGAUCGAAGCCAAGCCACAAGCAGUUUCGAAUUCAGCUCAAGGGUUCGAUGUUCUGUCUGGAGGGCUGGGAUCGAGAAUUCUCCAGUGUCAAGAAGCUCACAGAAAGCCUCAAGACCUUUGUGCUCAAGUCUGGUUCAGAGAGCUUUACUGUCAAAAGAUGCUGUUUGCCAAAACAAGCAGAGCUAUCCAACCUUCUGGUGAUGAGGGAAGGUGUUCACACUGACUCCUUGUUCCUGAACAUGACCCAGCUACGCUUCCAUCACAUCAAGGACAAAGACAUCGUGAAGAAACAGCAUUUGGGCAGCGGGACCAAAACUAACAUCUACUUGGGACUUCUGCUGGUGCGAGGCGGAGGAGAAGAUGACGAGGAUGAGGAGUUCAACAACAACUCUACUGACCGCAAAGGGAUCCCAGUGGUUCUCAAGAUUCUAGACCAAAAUGAUAAAGAUAUUGAUAUGGGAUUUUUGGAGACUGCAAGUCUCAUGAACCAGGUGUCCCACAGUCACCUGGUGUUUGUGCAUGGCGUGUCAGUCAAAGGAUCUGAAAACAUCAUGGUGGAAGAAUUUGUGGAGUUCGGGCCUUUGGAUGAUUUCCUUCGCAAAGAAAAGGCAUCGGUGACUCCUCAGUGGAAAUUUAUCGUUGCGAAACAACUUGCCAGUGCCCUCAAUUAUCUUGAGACCAAACGGCUGUUUCAUGGAAACGUCUGUGCCAAGAACAUUCUGGUGGCAAGGCGUGGUCUGGAGCCUGGCACUACUCCUUUCGUCAAGCUGAGUGACCCAGGAAUUGCCCUGAGUGCCCUUUCACGGGAAGAGCGUCUUAAGCGUAUCCCAUGGAUUGCCCCUGAGUGUGUGGACAGCGGCGCACCCAUUGGCAAUGUUGCUGACCAGUGGAGCUUUGGCGUCACGCUGCUCGAAAUCUGCAACAAUGGCGAUCUUCCCAUGAGUGGCAGCACAUUGUUCGAGAAAGAGCGCUUUUAUCAGCAAAGGGGCCGUUUAGCUGAACCAUCCUCCCAGGAACUGGCCAGCUUCAUUAGCAUGUGUUUGACCUACGACCCCGUGGAGAGGCCUUCGUUCCACACUGUGCUCAGAGACCUCACAGAAAUCAUGAUCAAAAAUCCUGAUAUAUCCCCCAGUGAGACUCUCCCUAAAACAGACCCGAGCGUGUACCACAAACGCUACCUGAAAAAGAUGCGGGACUUGGGACAGGGUCACUUUGGGAUGGUGACUCUCUACUUGUACGACCCGGCCAACGAUGGGACAGGAGAGCGUGUGGCAGUGAAGUCUUUGAAACAAGACAACGGUCAAGCGUCAGAGUGCUGGAUUAAGGAGAUCAACAUCCUGAAGUCCCUUGAUAACAUCAACAUUGUCAAAUACAAAGGCUGCUGUACCGAACUGGGAGGACAAGCCGUGCAGCUGAUAAUGGAGUACCUUCCUCUGGGGAGUCUGAAAGAGUACCUUACCAAACGUAAACUGGGAAUGCCCCAGUGCCUUAUGUUCGCUCAGCAGAUCUGUCAGGGUAUGGAGUACUUGCACUUUAAGCGAUACAUCCAUCGAGACCUCGCUGCCCGUAAUGUCUUGGUGGAAAAUGACAGUUUGGUAAAGAUUGGAGACUUCGGCCUGACGAAAUACAUCCCUGAUGGGGAGAUCUACUAUCAGGUCCGUGAGGACGGGGACAGUCCGGUGUUCUGGUAUGCCAUUGAGUGCUUGAAGGAAAGUAAAUUUUCCUUCUCCUCUGACAUUUGGUCCUUUGGCGUUACGUUGUAUGAGAUCCUGACCCGCGGUGAACUUCACCAAAGCCCUCCAGAAAUGUACAAUAUAAUGAAAGGAGAGAAGCAACCACCGAUUACUGUAGUGGAACUCAUAGCACUGUUGGAGAAACCGCGUCGAUUGCCUCGUCCCAAAGACUGCCCGCACGAGGUGAAGAUGUUAAUGGAGCAGUGUUGGGCUGCAGAGACGGCACAACGGCCAUCAUUCAAAUCCCUCAUCGAAAAGUUUGAGGCUAUUCGCCAAACUUAAGAAUGGCAGUCCGAUAUAAACUUUUCCUCGGCUCAGAUUCACUGAACAGGACUCUGAAGAUCUAACUUGUCUACAUGUCAUCACAAUGCCACUAUGGCCACUGUAUAUUACAUGGUAGCCAGUGAUGUGUUUCCCGCUGUGCAAUGCCUGCUGUCUCCUUUUACAUAGAUGUCUUUAUAUUGUAAGUUUCUUUUUGAUAAAAGCACACUGCUAUCCUCUCAUGUGAUAUUAACACAAUGAUACUCAA